AUGUCCUUGAUAUUGAUAGUAGUUCCAUUGUUCCAGGUUGUUAUAGAUGCUUUCCGUCUCAUCAACCCCAAUAUGAUGGUCCUAGGACAGGAACCAAGACAAACCACCUCCAACCUUGGCCAUCUUAACAAACCAUCUAUACAGGCUUUAAUCCAUGGUUUAAACAGACAUUAUUACUCCAUAGCUAUAAACUACAGGAAGAAUGAACUGGAACAAAAAAUGUUAUUAAAUCUACACAAGAAAAGUUGGAUAGACGGCCUUUCCCUGGAUGACUACAACACUCACUGUGGAGUCAAUGAAAAGAUUGUGAAAGAUAUGCUGGAACUGGCCAAAAAUUAUAACAAGGCUCUGGAGGAGGAAGAAUCUAUGACACAGGAACAGUUGGCCAUUAAGAAUGUUGGAAAACAGGAUCCUAAGCGUCAUCUAGAGGAACAUGUCAGUGUUCUGAUGUCUAGUAAUAUUGUAGACAUGUUCUAUGUUCUGUUUCAGGAUCCUAAGCGUCAUCUAGAGGAACAUGUCAGUGUUCUGAUGUCUAGUAAUAUUGUAGACAUGUUCUAUGUUCUGUUUCAGGAUCCUAAGCGUCAUCUAGAGGAACAUGUCAGUGUUCUGAUGUCUAGUAAUAUUGUAGACAUGUUCUAUGUUCUGUUUCAGGAUCCUAAGUGUCAUCUAGAGGAACAUGUCAGUGUUCUGAUGUCUAGUAAUAUUGUACACAUGUUCUAUGUUCUGUUUCAGGAUCCUAAGCGUCAUCUAGAGGAACAUGUCAGUGUUCUGAUGUCUAGUAAUAUUGUCCAGUGCCUGGGAUCCAUGCUACAUACUGUGGUGUUCAAGUAAAUGGAGAGAGGACAAAAUAAGUCAUGUGAAUAUCCUCACUGUAACUUUGGCUAGUGCCAGAGAUUAUAUGGAGCUGUUUGAAGUGUGUUGUCAGACAGCUGGGUAGAAAUGCUGGAGAUCAUCAAAGUAUGUUACAGAACAGAAAACAGGUUCUGCUUAUUGUAACCAUUAAAGUAGAGAAACUUGAUGAACAGUGAAGAACUGCCAGAAUGACUUUAAUAUUAUUUUCUCUUAAAAAAGAGAGACAAACAAAUUGAUCUGUUCUGUUGAAAGACUUUAUUAGAAUAUGUGAAGAAUAAAUGUACAUCAAUAUAUA